UGGCGCUCUACCUACGGUCACACUGUAGUUCAGCAAUCACGAAAUUCGUUUAAACUUGACCACGAAAUUAAGCGAUAAAUGACGAUGUGGAUUGGCCAAAACACCCAGAUUCGUUUGGUGCCACUAAAGGAUCCGCCAAAGACCAUCCGAUACAGUUUCCUGGCGACCAAGUUCGGGCAGAUGAUGAUGGGAGUGAUAAACCCAAUAUCCGGCGAUUCGAAAGACCAAGUCGCAAUUGGUGUGCUUCACUUCGUGAUUAAGGACAAUGUGAGUACCUACAAUGAAGUCCAGGAGCGGUGGCCAAAAUCCGAACUCUGGAAGGACGAUGAUGCGGUCAAGUUGGUGGCGGAUAAACUGUUCGAAAGCGACAAGGAAAACUCGCAGGCGAUUCCCAUUGCCAUCUAUGGAACCGACUUCCAGCUGUCCGUAUGGCGAGCUCUGGUGCAUAUGAAACGAGGGGAGACCUGCACUUACUCCCAACUGGCCGAGCGGAUGGGUCGUCCAACGGCGGUCAGAGCAGUGGCCAGUGCUGUGGCCAAAAAUGAGCUUGCUAUCCUCAUUCCGUGCCACCGAGUUGUGUCCCAAAACGGAGCUUCGAAGUACCACUGGGGCGCAGCCCUCAAGCAACUGCUUCUGGCCGAUGAAAAGUCAAAGAACUAUUAAAAAUCGUUACUCGUAUCUUUAUUGAAACUCAACUCCGCACAAUGGUCUUACUGUUGGGGUGGUAAGGAAUUUGAAAAUGCAGACAGGCUCGAGAUUGUGCACUUCCUACUUAUAAACUGUACCUACAAAAUAAGAGCGAUCCCAUCUACUCCCGAUGCAGCAGCACGAAAAUGGCCAAAAUAGAGAGAAUGGCCCACUGAAAAGUUGCAAAUUCGGGCUUAGUGGCGAAAAAAAAACACAAACGUCCUUCAACUUACCUUAACCUUGGGAUAUUCGUUCAUGAAGAUCGUGAUGAUGCCCACGUAAGGCAGGAAGCCCCUGGCCCGGCCCACAAUGUCCUUUUUGGUCAGCCACAGCUGGUUGGGUGCAUACAGGCCCCGGUCGUCCACGUUGUUAUUGUCGCCCUUGGUCAGGAACUUGACGGAUCCGUCCUCUCUGCAGAAAAGAUUGAUUGGGAUUAUAUGGGACCAAACCAAACCAAAAGGAAAUCAUACAGAAUACAAUAAAAAGGAAUCUUGGCCCGUGACUAAAUAUAAAACAACAAUGUUUUAAGACAACGAAACACAAGCUUAACUUAAUGACGUGUCCUAAAACUACAAAUUGUAUCUAAAAUAAAAAAUGAUCUAUUCCAU